GCUGCAAACACAUUACACACUCUCUAUACCUUCACCACGUUACUCUUAUCUCUUCUCAAUUCCAAACCCUAACUCUAACCCAUCUCUUCUAAUCCUCGCCAAACAUCCCAAAUCCCAAUUGCAUUUCUUCAACCACCGGAGUCUAACACACCGUUCGCCGCCGUCAUCAGUCUCCGCCUCCCGCCGAGAACCUUCUCAAACGACGCCGCUCAAGUUGCCCAAUGCUCUCGUCAGUGUCGCCGUCUCUGCCGCGCUGUUUCUCUGCUGUGGCAUUCGCGCUUGUUCGGCUUCUUUGCCUCCUUUAACCACCGUGGUUCAGCAGGAACAACAAACUAUUCAAGGUUUCUAACACUUUUUUAUUGGAUAAUUCAUUCGGUUGUCUCUAAUAAUUAUCUCUUAAUUAGGAAUUUGCUGAAGAAAUGAAAAUUGAGCUAAAGAAGAUGUACAAGUUUUAGGAUUAAAGGAUGUCAAUGUGCGAGCAUAACUCAGUUGAUGAUAAUGAUGCAAGGAAACUUGAUGACAAUGAAAAUAUAGAUAAGGAAUUAGAAGCAUCUUUUAAUGCUUGGAAGUCUAAAACAUAUGCAUUGACAGUACCUUUGAAAGUUGUUGCUUUGCGUGGCUCUAUUCCUCCUUCAUGGAUCAAGGACUUCAUAAAUUCUCAAGGGAAAAGAAUGAAGUUUGAAGUGAAGUAUCAUGAAAGUCUUGAGAGUAUCUUCUCUGAUCUAUCCAUUCCCUUUACCAAAGAAAACCAUGGCCCAACGUCUACUUUGGCAGCUGAUAUUGUUGGCAUUGGUGAUUCUUGGCUCAAAUUUGCCAUUCAAAAAGCGAUAAUUGAACCAAUACAGGAUGUAGAAGAUAAGGAAUGGUUUAAAAGUUUAGCUGAGAAAUGGAAGGUAUAUUUACGCAGGAACUCUGAGGGAGAAAUGGACCCCGAAGGUGAUAUAUGGGCUGCCCCAUAUCGAUGGGGCUGCAUGGUAAUAGCAUACAAGACAAAUAAUUUUCAAAAACAUAAGUUGGCUCCAAUAGAGGACUGGGCAGAUCUGUGGCGGCCUGAUCUUGCAGGGAGGAUUUCCAUGGUGAAUUCUCCUAGAGAUGUUGUUGGUGCAGUCUUAAAAUAUAUGGGGGCUUCCUAUAAUGCAAAUGACAUCAAUUUGGAAGUAAAUGGUGGGAGAGAUGCUGUUAAGCAUAAUUUAGCAUUGCUUGCAAAACAGGUUCGACUCUUUGAUAGUGAAAACUAUCUAAAGGCUUUUGGAGUUGGAGAUGUGUGGGUAGCUGUUGGAUGGAGUAGCGAUAUUAUUCCUGUUGCUAAACGCAUGUCUAAUGUUGCAGUUAUUGUUCCAAAGUCCGGAGCAAGUUUAUGGGCAGAUCUUUGGGGAAUUCCUGCUGCAUCUAGGAUUCAAACGAGUAAGCUUGGUGGACGCGUUAGGGGACCAUCCCCAUUAAUCCAUCAGUGGAUAGAGUUCUGUCUGCAAUCUGCAAGAGCACUUCCGUUUAAGCAGGAGGUGAUCCCAGGUGCCUCUCCCCCUCUUCUUCAAGGUCAUUCCACCAAUGUGCCCUCUGAGUUGACCAAGGGUAAGCCAAGGCUAGACACCAAUCUCAUUGACGGAGCACCACCACCUGGAAUUUUAGAAAGGUGCGAGUUUCUAGAGCCAUUAUCUAAUUCAGCAGUGUCAGAUUACCACUGGUUGCUUGCCUCAAUCCAGGAACCUAGCAAUGGAUUGAUACACAAAAUUCGUCAGUAUAUCUCGUCUUUGGUUACUGGUGGGUUUAAUUCAAAGCUGACUUGAAUACAAUGUUAUUGGGCUGUGGAGUGCAUACCAAGGAUCUGGGAUUCUAUGGUUUGAGUGACAAGAAACUUCUAAGGUUGACUGAUGUUGUUUUAAUGUUUGUGAUUGAUUUUCAAGAUUAUCGGGUUGUGAAAGACAAGAAUAAGUCAACAAUGCUGGAGCUAUACGAGUUAACUACUGGUUCUUACCUCCAUAUGUUUGAGAGAAACUCCAAAGUUUUCUGCAAAAUUCAACCGAAAAUGUGAUUUAUGUAUUAGUAGGUCAAGCAAUCUGUUUAUUAUAUAUUCAUGUCUCCAUGAGGGGAUUUAUUGUUUGUACAAAUCAACAUGAAGCAAAUAUUAGACAAGUUCUUAAAGCUGAGUAAAGGGAGUGAUUCUAAAUCA